GGCCCCCCUGGCUGGCGGCCGGCGGUCACGCUGCGGAGACGCCGCCGCUUCGCCUCCGCGCCGGGGCCGGGCCGCGCCGCGCCGCGCCCCGGAUUGGCUGCGCGGCUGCCUCGUCCCAGAAUGCAGCGCAUGGCGCGUCAUUGAAGAGAGACCAUGAUGGCGGCGGCCGCGGCGGCGGGGGGGGGCCCCCGAGGUGAUCGCCCAGCUGGAGAACGCGGCCAAAGUGCUGAUGGCACCACCUUCCAUGGUCAAUAAUGAGCAACGCCAACAUGCUGAGCACAUAUUCUUAUCAUUUAGAAAAUCAAAAUCACCAUUUGCUGUUUGCAAACACAUUUUGGAAACUAGUAAAGUGGACUAUGUCCUUUUUCAAGCUGCUACAGCGAUAAUGGAAGCAGUUGUAAGAGAAUGGAUUCUCUUGGAAAAAACUAGCAUUGAGUCACUGCGAACAUUCCUUCUAACCUAUGUCUUACAAAGGCCUAACCUUCAGAAGUAUGUUCGGGAGCAGAUUCUCUUAGCAGUAGCGGUGAUAGUGAAACGGGGAUCAUUAGACAAAUCAAUUGACUGCAAAAGCAUUUUUCAUGAAGUCAGCCAGUUGAUCAGCAGUGGUAACCCCACUGUGCAAACUUUGGCCUGUUCCAUUUUAACGGCGUUGUUGAGCGAGUUCUCAAGUUCAAGUAAAACCAGCAACAUUGGACUAAGCAUGGAGUUCCAUGGUAACUGUAAACGUAUAUUUCAGGAGGACGAUCUGCGGCAGAUCUUCAUGCUCACAGUAGAGGUACUUCAGGAAUUCAGCAGACGCGAAAACCUCAGUGCUCAGAUGUCUUCAGUGUUUCAGCGUUAUCUUGCACUAGCCAAUCAGGUCUUAAGCUGGAACUUCCUUCCUCCAAAUUUGGGCAGACAUUAUAUAGCUAUGUUUGAAUCCUCACAAAAUGUGAUGCUAAAGCCAACAGAAUCCUGGCGUGAGACCCUCCUGGACAGCAGAGUUAUGGAGCUUUUCUUUACAGUACAUCGAAAAAUCAGAGAAGAUACAGAUAUGGCCCAAGAUUCAUUACAGUGUCUGGCACAGCUGGCAUCUUUGCACGGGCCAGUCUUUCCCGAUGAAGGUUCACAAGUCGAUUACCUGGCACACUUCAUUGAGGGAUUACUGAAUACUAUCAAUGGAAUUGAAAUAGAAGACUCUGAAGCAGUGGGAAUUUCCAGUAUUAUCAGCAACCUGAUAACUGUAUUUCCUCGCAAUAUUUUAACUGCCAUUCCAAAUGAACUUUUCUCUUCGUUUGUUAACUGCCUUGCACACCUCACUUGUUCUUUUGGAAGAAGUGCUGCCUUGGAGGAAGUGCUUGACAAAGAUGACAUGGUAUAUAUGGAAGCAUAUGAUAAGCUGCUGGAAUCUUGGCUUACUUUGGUACAAGAUGAAAAACAUUUCCAUAAAGGUUUCUUUACCCAACAUGCUGUGCAGGUCUUUAAUUCCUACAUUCAGUGCCAUCUAGCUGCUCCUGAUGGUACAAGGAAUUUGACUGCCAAUGGUGUGGCCUCUCGGGAAGAAGAAGAAAUAAGUGAACUGCAGGAAGAUGACAGAGACCAGUUCUGUGACCAGUUGGCCAGUGUAGGCAUGCUGGGGAGAAUUGCUGCAGAACACUGUAUACCUCUUCUUACAAGCUUAUUAGAAGACCGAGUGACAAGGCUUCAUGGCCAGUUGCAGAGACAUCAGCAGCAGUUACUUGCCUCGCCAGCAUCAGGCUCAAUUGACAAUAAAGUGCUUGAUGACCUGUAUGAGGAUAUUCAUUGGCUUAUUUUAGUCACAGGCUACCUCUUGGCUAAUGAUACUCAGGGAGAGACUCCGCUAAUACCUCCAGAAGUAAUGGAAUAUUCCAUUAAACAUUCAGCUGAGGUUGACAUCAAUACCACACUUCAGAUUCUGGGAUCUCCAGGAGAAAAGGCCUCUUCCAUCCCAGGGUACAAUAGAACUGAUUCUGUAAUUAGGUUGUUAUCUGCUAUUUUAAGAGUGUCAGAAGUAGAAUCUAGAGCAAUAAGGGCAAAUCUCACGCACCUCCUGAGCCCUCAGAUGGGCAAAGAUAUUGUAUGGUUCCUCAAGCGGUGGGCGAAGACUUACCUCCUGGUAGAUGAAAAGCUGUAUGAUCAGAUAAGUCUGCCAUUUAGUACAGCAUUUGGUGCUGAUACAGAGGGUUCCCAGUGGAUUGUGGGUUACCUUUUAGAAAAAGUGAUCAGUAACCUGGCAGUGUGGAGUUCAGAGCAGGACCUUGCAAAUGAUACUGUACAACUGCUAGUAACAUUAGUGGAAAGGAGAGAGCGGGCAAACUUAGUUAUUCAGUGUGAAAACUGGUGGAAUUUAGCAAAACAAUUUGCAAGGCGAAGCCCUCCUCUUCACUAUUUGUCCAGUUCUGUGCAAAGAACACUAAUGAAAGCUUUAGUUCUAGGAGGUUUUGCUCAUAUGGAUACAGAAACAAAGCAACAAUACUGGACAGAGGUUCUUCAGCCACUUCAACAGCGAUUCUUGAAUGUGAUAAACCAAGAAAACUUUCAGCAGAUCUGUCAGGAGGAGGAAGUGAAACAGGAAAUCACUGCUACGUUAGAAGCACUCUGUGGCAUUGCUGAGGCUACCCAGAUUGAUAACGUAGCAAUUCUCUUCAAUUUCCUAAUGGACUUCCUUAAUAAUUGCAUUGGAUUAAUGGAAGUAUACAAAAACACACCGGAGACUGUUAAUCUCAUAAUAGAAGUCUUCGUUGAAGUUGCACAUAAACAGAUUUGCUAUCUUGGAGAGGCCAAAGCCAUGAACUUGUAUGAGGCCUGCCUAACUCUGCUCCAGGUGUAUUCCAAGAAUAAUCUAGGUCGACAACGGAUUGAUGUUACAGCAGAGGAAGACCAGUACCAGGAUCUUCUUCUUAUUAUGGAACUUCUCACUAAUCUUCUAUCAAAAGAAUUCAUAGAUUUCAGUGAUACAGAUGAAGUAUUUAGAGGACAUGAGCCUGGGCAAGCUACAAAUAGAUCUGUAUCAGCAGCAGAUGUUGUCUUAUAUGGGGUUAAUCUAGUUCUGCCUCUAAUGUCCCAGGAUCUGCUGAAGUUUCCAUCCCUGUGUAAUCAAUAUUACAAAUUGAUCACUUUCAUCUGUGAGAUAUUCCCUGAGAAAAUUCCACAACUUCCAGAGGACCUCUUUAAGAGCCUAAUGUACUCACUGGAGUUAGGGAUGUCAUCGAUGAGUUCAGAGGUUUGCCAGCUCUGUCUGGAGGCUGUAACACCAUUAGCAGAACAGUGUGCAAAAGCACAAGAAACAGAUUCAACCCUUUUUCUAGCAACAAGGCACUUUCUUAAGAUGGUCUUUGAUAUGUUGGUACUCCAGAAGCACAAUACAGAAAUGACAACUGCAGCGGGUGAAGCGUUCUACACAUUAGUGUGUUUGCAUCAGGCUGAAUAUUCAGAGCUAGUUGAAACGUUGCUAUCAACUCAACAAGAUCCAGUAAUUUACCAGCGGUUAGCAGAUGCCUUCAACAAGCUUACUGCAAGCAGCACUCCUCCUACACUGGACCGUAAGCAGAAGAUGGCCUUCUUAAAGAGUUUAGAAGAAUUUAUGGCAAAUGUUGGUGGACUUCUCUGUGUAAAAUAAACAACAAAACUCUAUGCCUAAUUUAGACCCUUUCUGCAAAAUGCACUGAGAAAUGCUGAAUGCUGACUAAAUCUUGUACCUGUCUCUGGGUUCUUUGCAGCCAUCUCAGAUUCUAGAGAGCCUGGAAGUUUGAACAUAACACAGUGGAAUAGGAGAGGUCAACUUUGAAUCAGCUUCUGCUAUUAUGUGUUAGCUGCAAUCUGUCAUACUUGUGUGUGUGAGAGAAUGAACAGAAAAUUUGAAUUUAAAUUUUUUCCAUAUAUGUGCAAACAGGUAUGGGCACAAUGAAAAAUAAAUGCAGUGCCUUUUCCCCCACAUUGGUUUGAAAUAUGAGUGGCCAGAUAAACAUACAGAUUUGUUUUCUACCCAAAAUCAUGUUAGUGUGAUGCAGAUACAUAUAAAGCUCUAAACAGUUUAGCUGAUUUUGAGCUUUAUUUUUCCUCUCAAAACUUGAGUUUGUGUUUUAAUAGGGAAGAAAAACCAAAUGAUAUUUUAACUUGUCUUUAGUUCAGUUUUUCUACAUCAACCUGACAUUGCAUAUUUAAUGCAAUGCAGAUUUUUUACAUUACGUUCUGCUGCCUAAAGUUCAGAGAAAAAAGGUGUAUAUUUUUGUUCCCCUAAAAUGAACUUUAGGAACUGUAGCCAUUUCAUUGCCUUAAUUUAAAAGAGGAACAAAAAAAGCUCUUAUAGUUUAGGUAAGAAAUUUAAGGCAAGAUUUGACUCUGAAGAGUUGGUUUAGGAUGUUGGUAUUAAGCUGCUUGUGUACCUGUUGCAGCCCUUAUUGUUGAUGUGUCAGUUUGGAAUGAGUGUUUAAUGCAAGGUUCACGUGUAGUUUUACUUUCAGUAUCUGUUUUGAUUCAUACCCAGGUUGCACACAACUGCAAUGUAUUUCUACACUGAACUGUUUGCUUAAGCAAUAACAACUCAAAAGGCAUAAAUUAUUGGCAAACUUUUUAAAGUUGGGGCAUUAGCUAAAACAAUUAUGCUAGAACAGGGGCAUCAAACCCUGUUACACAAGGGCCAUAAUCUGUUUGACUUGAGAAAGGUAAUUGGGAUGUGUAGUGCUGUGGGGCAUUUUUGGGUUUCCUGAAUCUAGUUCCACUUCUGCAGAGCCCUCCCAGCUGUUCUCGUUUUUGUUGUGUGUUUGGUGUUUUUUCUAAUAGGAGUGCUUCAGUUAUUACAACAGUAGAAUAUAGUGCCCAGAGUGUAGUGGACCAACAAGGGAGAGCAGCACAUGAAUACAAAAGCAAGGCCUGCUUUGGCUCCAGUCAUGAGCCAGAGAAAACUGAAGCAAACACAAAUGCUGUAUGUCUAGUAAAAUUGAUUUUUGUGGAAAUACAUGGAGGCAAAAGUGGGCCCUUUUGUUUAAGAAGUCUGCAAGAUUAUGCUGUUUAAUAUUUCCCAUGUGUUUUUGAAAUUUAUAUAAAAUAUAUAAAUAUACACCUUUACAUGGCUAUGUGUAGCAUCACGUUUGCAAUUCUGUGCCAUUCUUCAGCUAUUCAUCUCAAAAUUAGUCAUGAUAGCCAGAAUUCAUAAAAGACAAAUCUCUAAUAAUGUGCUAUAAGUGAUCUAAGGUUCUUUUCAUUUUUUAGUUAAAUCCAUACCUGUCUCAAGCAUGGAUCCACAAGGCCAAAAAUCCAUCUCUUCAUUAUUGUCUCUCUUGUGUAAAAAGUAGGCUAGGGCAGAUUUACACAUUAAAAAGUGACCAUAAGACUUGUUAGAUAACGUACCUUCCCAGCUAGUAUUUUAUUUCUAAGAUAAUUUGUGUAGUAUUUUUGAACAGGGAUAUUGAUCUCAAUUUUUGUCUUGAAACUCUUACGCUUUUCUUUAAAAGAUUUCUUGACUGUGCACUUGCACAAAAGACAACGAUCGUAGUAGAUCCUUCUGUUUUUAAACUUCUGAUGGCUGAUUUUUUUAAAUCUCUCUGGGUUUUGCUAUGUUUUUGAAACUGCUUCUGGAGUUUCUCUUGAGUUGGUACAUUGUAUAGGGCAGCAGUUCUGAAACCUUUUUUUUUUUUUUUUUUUUUCUUUUCAGAUGAAGGGCAUUAAAGCCUGGGAACAUAAGCAGCAGUAGAAGCUGCUGGUUUGUCAUGAUGUAUUUGAUGUCAGAUAUCUAGACCAAAGGCUUCCAGGACUUCAUAGCAAAUGCCUUCAAAUUUUUUUGGAUCUGACUAAAUAACAUAGUCGUCAUUUGUUUUAUAACUAGCACUGUCACUAUCUUUUUUUUUUUAAUCCUAAAGCUGGUUCACUAUUUAAAAAUAUUUAUUAACUUUAAAAUUUUGAAAUCCUUUGCCUAUUGUGAUUGAUGAAUGGGAGCACAAAUAGAAUUAGCAUUCAGGACAAAGUAAUGUGUAUACCCAUUACUUUUCUUACCAGGCCCAUUGUGUUGUAACAAGCAGAGACACGCAGCAUCUUUUGACUAUCAAGACUUAAAGUAUGAACGCUUAUUUUCAGAGUAGUUUUGAAGGUUGCUUAAAACUUUCCUUUGCCCUUCAUUUAAAAUUAAUAUUAUAUGUUAAAGGGAAACUGUCCUAGUAAUGUGGGGGUUUUUGUAAUUUUCCUGCUUGAUGUUAUGCUAGACACUAUUCUCUCUUUCUUGUUUCUUAUUUUUUCUUUCAUUCCUGUGUACUCAACAGGGAUCUUUCCAUGCCAUUUUAUGUUCUUUUAGAGCAAAUGCUACAACAUCUCUGCUUAGUGACAUCUAUGAAACUGUUGCAAAAGAUUCUGGGAAUAAGUUUUAUUAAUUCAUAAUCCUGCUGGCUAAGUGGCUGCUUCUACCUAAACUAUUUGGCUUUUAUAUCCCUUAAAAAAAAAUAAUUAAAAAAAAAUCCUUCAGCAAUGUUCUACACAUCCAGUUGCUGUAAUCUACAUGAGAAAGGCUCAUUCAAGUCCAUGGGAGAGACUCAUAGACCAUUUUUAGCGAACAUUGAGAGUUGGCUCCACGUAAGUGUUCUGAAAUUUUUAUAGCAUCACUGCAUUGAUUUUCCAUUCACUGUGCAAAGUGAAUAACGGCUCUAAAAACACAUCUGGUUUUUGAAGGGGGGGAAAAAAAAGGCAACUCAAACUGAAUUAUAAAUGCUGCAUGAUAUUAUUGUAAAAAAUGUAUUUGUCGAGGCUGUUUUUGCUAAAACAGUUUAUUGCUCCAGUGUUUUCAUUCUGAAACUAGAAAUCAAGUGGCUUCUUUCCCAUUUUGCCAGCUCCUUCCCCAUUGUAAUAGCUAGUUCUAAUGCUAAUAUAAGAAUUUUCUGUUAUUCAACGUAUAAUUUUUGAUGCUGGCAAGCAUGACCAACUAGUUGGGCCAUGAAAGCCAAGACCUUGAAAGCACAGAUACACAUGGACAGGGAGAAGUAGAUGACUACUACAUGAAACUUCCACUUUCAUGUGCAUUUAUGCCUUAAUUAUCUUCACUGAAUUACCACCAGAAUCUGCUACUUAUUGCCCAGAGUUUGUGUUUCACUGUAUAGUGAUAAAGGGCUCACCAUUUUCCUCAGGAAUGAGAAAUAUGUUUUCUCAGCAUGUCCAAAUCCUACUAGUUGAAAGGGAGGGGUUUGAAUCAGAGUCAUCUCUUCGAUAGUGAGUAGCACUCACUAAAGCCCCAGUGUUUACCUGGGUAAAUCCCUUUAUAUCUAAGCCAUGUAGUUCUAGAAAAGCUUGCUCAGAGCAGUCCGUUGUCCAUUUAAAAUCUAAUUCUUUAAAAAGCAAAGCAAAUUCUAAUUUGUGAUCUGUAAAGGUAUUCAGAAAUACAAAUUGCAGCAUUUGUCUUGUAAAACACUUCAAGUAAUUUCAGUUUUGGUUAAUGAUAACAUAAGAAGGGGUGUUUUUUAUGGAAGUAGCUUGAUGAGUAUAAGCGCAGGAGUAGGAGCCAGGCUCCUCUAAUUUUGUAUCAGUUUUUCCACUGGAUCCUCUGUGGCCAUUGGCAAGUCGCUAGAACUGUGUCAUUGUUAAAGUAACGGUAAUACCUACCUACCUCACAGGGAUGUUGUGAGGAUUAGUUUAUGCCUAUAAAAUGCAUUGAGGAUCUGAGAUGCUAUGUAAAUAUUAAAUAUUUCAAUUUUAGUUUUGUGAGGUGUAAGAUUUACUGUAAUGAAAACAGAAGAUUUUCAUAAUUAUAAAGCCCAGUAGAGGCAGCAGUGGUGCAGUAUUCCCCAGAACUGGUCUACUGCAGACGGUAAUGCUUGCUGUGGAUCAUCAUUAUUUCAAUUACAGGCGAUUGAAAUGGUGGCUGCUUCUUAAAUGAGAUGAGUAUUUCCCACCAGCGUGCCUCGGUUCUGGUCUACACAGUGAGAGGACAGUUGUUAGUUAUUCAGGCUUUGGUGCCUCUACUUGUGACAAGUGCCACUUGUGGUGGUAGGAUUUUUGGUUGCGUUUGGGUUUUUUUACACUUCCCUGCAAGGAGCAAACACCACUCAUUUCUCCUGUACCUGUUCCAGUCACUCAGUAUAACCAAAGCCUAAUGAUAACAAUUAAUUUAAAGAGCCAGCCCCGCCCCCUCUGUAAAUUUGCUUUUAAUAUGAGUAGAUAGUGCCCUCUUUGCAGUACAUGAGAUUAAUGCUUUCUAGCACUAAUCGUGAAGCAAAUCAUGAAGUGUGAUUCGCUUUAGAACCUUAAGCUCUUGGCUCUCUUACAAAACCCUUUUUUCAAGAUGAGGUUUCUUGGGGCCCUAGCAACUGAGAAAUAAGAUAUCCCUGGCUUUCCCUUCUCAGUGAAUGAAAGUAGAUUCUGCUUUUCCAUUUCUUCCCUUUCCCUAUCCUACUUUUCCUGUCCUUUUAAGCCAUUCUUAUAGAAGGUUUGGAAGACGCUUCCAACCUCAAGGGAAAGAUACUACCCAUGUGAUUUUUCCAAUCUAUUACAGCUUGAUACUUGAAAUUCAUAAAAUCCUUUCUAAUAGCAUUCCCCAGCACACGUCAAUCUCUCAUUGAACUAUUCCAGAGUUUAUAAUGAGGAAAAAAAAAGUAUUACCCUCUUCUAUUUGUUCCCUUUGUGCAAAAUAAGGAACCUCCAUACAGUGAACAUGCAGUUUUAAGGCAAUAAAUGCUAGUACUGCUGUUGGUCAAGCGUGUAAAUAUUUUAAAUGCAUAAUUCAGUACUAUGUUGAGUUUAUAUAUUAAAACCGCAGGGAUUGAAGUGCUAGUUGAUUGCAAGUAUUGUUUUACCUGUACAGUUGAAGAUACAAAGUUGCAAGAAAUAUUUCACAAUUUGUUGCAAUAAGACUUGGGAAAUGGCUGUGUUAUCAGGCCUUAUCACAACUGAACUUUCAAUUUUGAAGUGAACUCUUUGUGUAUUUUUAAGAUCCAUAAGCAGGAGGAGGAGGAUAAAAUCAUUUUCCACUAAAGACUUUUAUUAUUUUGUUUUGGCCACGUGUGAUUUGUGUGUAUUCUUGUUUAAUAUCUUUCUAAAAGCUCACCUAUGUUGAAUCCCUGAAACAGCAUUUAUUAUACCUCCUUACAUCAGGAACAGAAAUAGGAACAUUAUGAAACCUCAGGCUACACGUUGUGAUCUUUGGCUACUGUGACUGCACAGUAAUUCAGUUAAAAGUCGAUGGGGUAGCUGUAAUUUACGUUGGUGCUUAAGGCAUGAGUUUGUCCAUCAGCAGAAAAAUUGUGGUUAGGUGUGCAACAGGAGUAUCCCACACUGGACUACAAUUACAAGAAAUGGCUAUGAAUAUAUAAUCAAAUUAAUCUUUUCCCCCAUCCUCCAAAAGUGUUUAUGGUGACUGUUCGGGUCACUAUUAUCGGUAGUGUUUGUCUACCCAGAAGGAAUAGUGAUUUCUGGGUCUUGAUUUUUUUUUGUGUGUGUGUGUAGAUAUAAUCUAAACAGUUUCUGAUGGUAUUCGGCACAGAAACGUUCUCCAAGCUCGUAACCUGGUCACAUGUAGGUGACAUCUAACAGUAUAUUACUUCAGGUAUAUCAGAAAAGUUCAGUCACAGGCAGCAGUUCUUAAUGUGCUAUAAUAUAAUUAUAUUUGGAUAAACUACAGCUAUUUUCUAUUGUUCCCCUCUUACUGUCAUGCACUCAAGCUUUUUUUUUUUUUAAGAAAAAGGAAAAAACCCAAUAACCAACUUCACAAAUCCUGAAAGUAAAACUAUGCGACAACUAUGGUGGCGACAGCUUGCUAUACGUCUUGGCUGUAUGUAUCACUAGAAUUUUACUGGUUUCCGAAGUAAAAUUAAUGCAGUUAUACAUUUAUAUUGGCCUGGCUUAGUUCAGUGAAUAUUUUGGUGAAGGACAGAAAUAUUUGAGGUAAUUUUGAGGAAAUCCCUGAAAACAGCUGGUAAGAUUAACAGCAGCAGUGUAUCUAAGAGCCUUUCAUGUCGAAAAUGGAACUAUUCAGCUUUACCUUAAAUACGAGGUCUGGAAUAAACUUGAACGGUUUGGGUACAAAGCCUUUAUUCACACUUGUUUGUGUAAGUGUACACAAAACCUAUCAGUUUUGCCUUCAUAAAACUUAAAUUUGCUUCAGUCGUGA